AAAUUUGUGGGGAGGUGAAGUUGGAUAGUGGGGGAGCGGCCGCAAUCAGAGACCGCGCCCAUAUAACGGUGUAAAGAGGCCCUUCCCCUCCUUUGAUUCUUGUCUUUUAAGAGGCCGUAUAAUUUCGGGCUGGAUAAUGAUGUUAUAGCUUUAAGUGAUGGGAAGGAGCGGGAAAAAAGAGGAGGUGAUGUGAUCGCUGACAUGGAUGUGAUGGUUUGCAUGUGUGAAACUGCCACCACCAACUGAAUGCCACAAGUAGAACUCUUGUAGUCUCUCAGACACAUUUUGUUCCAAUAGAAGCGCUUUGCAUAAUCACCCUGGAGUCAUCAAGUGAUGAAAUUCUGAGUGAUGUUCAUGAAUCAGUGGCAGUCCAAUAUCUCAGAGAAGAGGCCAGAUCUCCUGCUCCCCUGGUGCAUUCAGUAAAGCUGCCCAAUUUCCCUGCUUUUAAAAGGUUGAUAGAAAUAUCUGUUGGCUAUAGGUUUCUUGAAGAAGAUGAAUUUGUCUGAGAUUUGUGAUAAUGCUAAAAAAGGAAGGGAAUAUGCACUUCUCGGAAACUACGACUCUUCAAUGGUUUACUACCAAGGUGUCAUCCAGCAAAUUCAAAGACACUGUCAAUCCAUCAGAGACCCAGCUCUGAAGGGCAAAUGGCAACAGGUUCGGCAGGAAUUAUUGGGAGAAUAUGAGCAAGUUAAGAGCAUUGUCAACACUUUAGAGAGUUUUAAAAUAGACAAACCUACGGAUAUUCCUGUAUCUUAUCAAGAUGAACAUUUUAGGGAUCCAACUGUUUGGCCACCUCCUGUUCCAGCUGAGCACAGAGCCCCACCUCAAAUAAAACGACCUAAUCGAGAAGUGAAGCCUCUGAGAAGAGAAUCACCAGGAUUGCAGCGGGGACCCGUGGGCAGAGCUCAACCAAUAUCAAAAAGUGACAAACCUGCCAGCAGCCGAGAGAGGGAAUGUAGAGUAAAAGGAAAAGAUGAAAAGGGAAAGAAGAUCCCCCAGGAUGGUGCUGGUGAUGGUGAAAUUCAGAAGUUUGAUGGAGCAGGAUAUGACAAAGAUCUGGUUGAAGCUCUUGAAAGAGACAUCGUGUCAAGGAAUCUAAGUAUUCAUUGGGAUGAUAUAGCAGAUUUGGAAGAAGCCAAAAAGUUAUUAAGGGAAGCAGUUGUUCUUCCAAUGUGGAUGCCGGAUUUUUUCAAGGGGAUCAGGCGACCUUGGAAGGGAGUACUGAUGGUUGGCCCUCCUGGGACUGGUAAAACCAUGCUAGCAAAAGCUGUCGCUACAGAGUGUGGAACAACCUUCUUCAAUGUUUCUUCCUCCACUCUGACAUCAAAGUAUCGAGGGGAGUCUGAAAAAUUAGUCCGCUUGUUGUUUGAAAUGGCCCGCUUUUAUGCACCCACAACCAUUUUCAUUGAUGAAAUAGACUCUAUUUGUAGCCGCAGAGGCACCUCCGACGAACAUGAGGCAAGCCGCCGGGUCAAGUCUGAGCUUCUUGUUCAGAUGGAUGGAGUAGGUGGAGCUCUGGAGAACGACGACCCUUCGAGAAUGGUGAUGGUGCUAGCUGCUACAAAUUUUCCCUGGGACAUUGACGAAGCUUUGAGAAGGAGGCUAGAGAAAAGGAUUUAUAUACCAUUGCCAACAGCGAAAGGCCGAGCAGAGCUGCUUAAGAUUAAUCUUCGGGAAGUAGAACUGGAUCCUGACAUCAGCCUGGAAGAAAUUGCUGAGAAGAUAGAAGGCUACUCUGGUGCUGAUAUUACUAAUGUUUGCAGGGAUGCUUCCUUGAUGGCAAUGAGGAGGCGCAUUAAUGGCUUAUCACCAGAAGAGAUCCGUGCAUUAUCUAAAGAAGAGCUUCAAAUGCCUGUUACCAAGGGUGACUUUGACCUAGCUCUGAAGAAAAUCUCCAAAUCUGUUUCAGCUGCAGAUCUGGAGAAAUAUGAGAAGUGGAUGUCAGAAUUUGGAUCUGCUUAACCACAUAGGCAUCAUUUCACAAGGAAUUUUAGCUUUUCAGUUAUAAAAUGUUACAAGGACUUAGAAAACUUAUGGCUUGAGUUUUUUCUAUGGACAAGGACCCCUUUUAAACUUUUUUUUGCACUUUAAAGGGAAUGAAAUAAAAUGUUACACAAUCAGA